AUGGAUGAUGUUGUUAUACCAAUAUUUGAAAAGAUUUCAAAUAUUGCAGCCAAAGCUUAUGAAGCUUAUAAAAAUAGAAAAAUUAAAGAAAAAUUUAGGGAUAAAGAUUCUAUUGAUAACCUUCAACGUUAUGUCAAUGCAGUGACUAGUCUUACUAACUUGCCUGUUGAAUUUUCAAAGCUGUAUCUUUUAAAGAAAUACUUAAAUUCAUUAAAUUAUAAAGAUAGAAUCAUUGAAAAAAUAAAAAGACAUGAUGAUGAAACCAUUAAUUAUUUAAAUCUGGAUGUCAGUCUAGAGAACCUUGAAACAGUUGAAAACUUAUAUGGACUAGUUGAAGAAGGAUUCAAUGAUGUAUCCCAGGCAACGGCAUCAAUGAAAAACAAUAUGGACAAUAAUAUGGUGUUUCUAAUGGAAAUGGUUGCAGGGGUUAACAAAAGUAUUAAAGAAUUAAGCAACAAAACAGAUCAAUCUGAUUUUAAAAAGGUUCAACCAGUUGCUUGUAAACCAUUUGAAGCUUCAACAAAUGAAAAGGAUAAGGAAUUAUUCAAUGGAUAUUUGACAAUCUUAAGUAACUUACAACAUUCAAAUAGUGUUAUAGCAUUUUAUGGUGUAACAUAG